UAUCUCUUUCAGCUCCUUAGAUGUUUCAGUUCAUAUGUGCUGCUGAUUGUCUGUGGCCUUUGCUCUCUCUCUCUCUCUCUCUCUCUCUCUGACUGUUUUGGUUCUAUAUACCUAUAUUUCUACUUAGUUUUCAACUUAAAAAACAUGUGGAAGAAAGAGGGGUUUGUAUUGUUUUUUUGGCCUUUUCAUUUAUGAAAUUCAACUAGAAGGAUAUGUCCAUGUAGUAGCAUAGGUUGUUUAAUUGUGCCUAAGUUGCUGCUAAUCAAUGAAGUUUUUUAUCAUCAAACAGGUCGCGUUUUUCGGAGAAAAAUUGUAUUAGUUUACACGCAUAGUAGUUGGAAGAUCAGGAUCAAACUCUCCUACCUGAGACUGCAGCUAUGGCUACCACCAAGAUAUACGUAGUGUACUACUCCUUACAUGGACAUGUCGAGACUAUGGCACGCGAAGUACAGCGCGGUGUUAAUGCAGUUGAAGGUGUUGAAGCAACACUUUGGCAGAAUGGAGCAGGUACCUGAGACACUUCCCAGUAUCAUUCUGCAGAAGGUGAAGGCCCCUCCUAAGGCAGAUGAUGUGCCGGAAAUAAGGCCUGAGCAACUUGUGGAAGCUGAUGGUUUCCUCUUCGGGUUUCCUUCUCGUUUUGGUGUGAUGGCAGCGCAGUUCAAGGCCUUCUUUGAUGCCACUCAUGAGAUAUGGGAAAAGCAAGCACUUGCUGGCAAACCUGCUGGGAUCUUCUGGAGUACUGGAUUUCAUGGGGGAGGGCAGGAGCUCACUGCAUUAACAGCCGUAACACAAUUGGCACAUCAUGGCAUGAUAUUUGUCCCUCUUGGCUACACAUUUGGAAGUGGCAUGUUUGAAAUGAGUGAGGUGAAGGGUGGAUCGUCUUAUGGCUCUGGAACUUUUGCAGCAGAUGGAUCUCGUCAACCGACGGAGAUAGAACUCCAACAGGCAUUUUACCAGGGUAAAUAUGUGGCUCAAUUUGCAAAGAAGCUCAAAAGCUAAACCCUUUUAGCAUAACAAAUACGCUUAGGCUGUGUCUGGACAGAGGCAUUUCAAGAUGUUAUAUGCUUUAUGUGGUCUCAAUAUGAAAAGAAUUAUUAACCAUAAGUUGAUGAAUGAAGAGUUCAUCUCACUGCUUCCUUGA